AUGGUCCAUCCCGAUGACUCACCUCAACCGGACGAGCCAACCGCUGCCGAUCGGUUUUUUACGGAUCCAGCCAAUGACUGGAUGUUUGGCGAAGUGUAUCAGUCUUACGUCGAUGCAGAGGGCAAUUUCUACAGUCGGCAUUCGGCGGGGGAAGAGUGGAAGCUCGAGUGCGAGCGGGGCUUUCGCGACCACCUCAGCAAUUGGAACCAGGAGGACUCCGAGCAAAGAAGGAAGGCCAUCAGAGAGGAGGGUGCACGCAGGAGGGAGGAGCUUGACCUCUGGAAAAAGGCAAACAGGGAGGAGCUGGACAAUCGGAUCAAGGCGAGCAGGGAGGAGCUGGACAAUCGGAUCAAGGCGAGCAGGGAGGAGCGCGAACGGCAGAGGGUGGAGCGUGAACGACAGAGGGAGGAGCGUGAACGACAGAGGGAGGAGCGUGAACGACAGAGGGUGGAGCGUGAACGGGAGAGGAAUCGCCAGAUGGAGGCCCGCCGAGCCGACUUUCAACUUAGACUGGAGGAGACCAGGCGGGCUCGACGAGAACCAAAAAAUUCAAGUUAA